AUGAGGCGGCGGUCAACUUUCAUACCGCCGAAAGAAGUUGAUUACGACCCGUCAGAAAUCAGAAUCACAGAGGGUUCUCUCUCCUUUGCCGGAUUACAAGCAGCACGAGAAGAGCGACUGACGUUUGGCCUCAACGAGCUCCCAGCUGAGAUUGUAGACGUACUGCAGAGGUCGCAUGAGCUUCAUGUUCGUUGGGCUACAGAAAGGGCAUACGACAAAUCAAGUCCAUACCUAUCGUCUAUAUCACCAGGUCUACAUGUCUCGUACACACCCUUAUCAGACCGAAACAACGACAAGUUAUGCCCCUUGUUACACCGAAUCUUUUCCGAGUCAUUGAGAUGUGUUUCGCCAGAAAUCAGCUUCUCGAGGCCUGACAUCUUGUCCGAACGGUUCGCGUCUGCCGCCGCGUUGCAGUAUUAUUCGCUGCUACCGUCGCUAGAGAAAUUAGUGACAUGGAUUCAAGAACAUGUCUGUCCGCCUUCAGGUGUUGGGUGCAGGCACAAUGCAGCUCUGCUCAAUUCCGCAUCGUAUGUUGAUAUUGAUUAUGACAGCAUAUCUCAUGCGUUGACGUUCGCUGCUUUUUGGUCUGAGCCUCCGACUACAACGAUGGGCAUGGUUGAGGGAUGGCAAACCUACAACAACUGGAACAUAUUGGUGGACCCUUCACCGAGUGACAGAAAUGAGGUCGGGAUAUUGAAGGCUUCUCCUGGUUCUGAGGCCGCACAGAUAGAGAUGGAGGGAAUACUGACAGUCGUGGGCGAAGACAACAGUCCAAAGCCCACAAGAUUCUUCUUUCCAUCAAGGCAUCAUGCCCUUAGCACCAAGCAGGAUCAUGACCAAAGCUAUACAAUAUCGUUUGACGAGCCUACAGGCCUUCACCCUACGAUGCGCAUCCGCUUUCCUGCUGCCACUGUUUUACAAGAACCAGCGAGCAAAGCAGCAGAUAGCACCUGUGCACUACACGCAUAUCUGACAUUGCCUUCCACGAUAUUUGCAGACGAGUAUGCCUUUCCUACCACUGAUAUCGACCCACCCUUCACUGAAGCCCACAACAUCGUAUCCCUUCGCUCCUUAUCAGGCGAGCGUGAUCUUGAAGCUCCAGACUAUGUCAUCCACAAAUGGGGUUCAGCUAUGCUUCUCGAACUUGCUACACCAACGUCAGCACAACAAAUAGACACAUCUUGGGAUGUGACAAUCCCAUUACAUCUGCGAUAUCUGAAGCCGACUUCCGGUGGAAAGCAGCAUAUCGAAAUACCUUGGCCAGUUAUCUUCUGGGCAUGUACGGCAGACGAGGGCACAAAGUUCACAGUCAACCCAUUCGAUCGUAUCAACUUGGCUUACGAUGGUCUGUUUGGUCCUCGGACGAUGUUCUACCAUCUUGAGCCACAGCCUGUGGCAAACCAGAAGAUGCUUGAAGCUAUUGACGUGCCUGUGCUGGACACGAAUGUGAUGACCUCAAGCAUGGCUGAGCUCUUGACCUUACUGCUGGUCACUAGUGGGUUCUUGUGGGUUACAUGGAAGGUUUCUCGUGAGAUCUCUUGGGAGUGGAAUUGGUGGUCGAGGACAGAUGCACGAAAGGGUAAAGCAGUCACAGCUGAGGAGACCAAGAAGUCGAACUAA